AUGGCGGCCAAAAUAGGGUCUUUCCGGCACAGCUUUGCUGAGAGGAGCAAGGAGAGGCUUCUCUCCCGUAAAGGGUACUCGGAUUUUGGCAUCAACAACUCCCAAUGCAGCGAGGAGGAGAUUGUCAAAUGUGGCUGGUUUGGUAGAAUGUCCGAGGGUUUCGUCAACUUUUGCAACAACGUUCCACAAGUUUCAGUUAAAUUAUAUAAAAUGGGCAGCUCAGAUCCUCGGAAAGCUUACUUCGCUGGCAAGAUGGGGUUGUCGCUGGCGAUUGUUUCGCUGCUCAUAUUUUUCAAGGAGCCUCUCAAAGGUGCUAGCCAAUAUUCCAUCUGGGCGAUUCUUACUGUAGUCCUCGUUUUCGAAUUCAGUAUAGGUGCGACGUUGAGCAAAGGGCUUAAUCGUGCAAUGGGAACGAUAUCGGCUGGAGGGCUAGCUCUAGGCAUAGCAGAGUUGGCUGUAAUGGCCGGGAGAUGGAAGGAGGUUGUGAUUGUAGGAAAUAUUUUCAUAGCAGGUUUUCUUGCUAGCUAUAUCAAGCAGUAUCCGCCAAUAAAGGCUUAUGAAUACGGAUUUCGGGUUUUCUUGUUGACAUACUGUAUAGUUUUGGUAUCCGGGAGUACAUCAUCAUUUAUCAGAACAGCAAUUUAUCGAUUGAUCUUCAUUGGAGUGGGUGCUAGUAUCUGUUUAGCUAUAAACUUAUGUAUACUCCCCAUUUGGGCAGGGGAGGAUCUCCAUAAGUUGGUGGCGAAAAAUUUCAAGGGUGUUGCAACUUCUUUAGAAGGUGUUGUUAAUGGAUAUCUACAAUGUGUUGAGUAUGAGAGGGUUCCUUCAAAAAUUCUCACAUACCAAGCUUCUGAUGAACCAAUGUAUAGUGGAUAUAGAACCACUAUACAGUCUAUAACCCAAGAGGAAACCCUGUUAGACUUUGCGCUAUGGGAGCCACCGCAUGGCCCUUAUAAGACGUUCCAUUAUCCUUGGAAAAGCUAUGUUCGAGUUGGUGGUUCUCUUAGGCACUGUGCUUUCAUGGUCAUGGCAAUGCACGGAUGCAUUCUUUCUGAAAUACAGGCACCACCAGAGAAGAGACAUGUUUUUGCGAAUGAGCUUCUGAGGGUUGGUACCGAAGGUGCUAAGGUAUUACGCGAGCUAGGAAGCAAAGUAGAAAGGAUGGAAAAAUUAAGUCCCAAAGAUGUACUUUUUGAUGUGCAUGAAGCAGCAGAAGACUUGCAGCAUAUGAUAGACCAGAAAUCAUACCUUCUUGUCAAUUAUGAAGGUUGGGGACCCAAAAUACUAGGGCGCAAAAUUGAAGAUACUGACAAUAUUGUUGAGAAGGAGCAGGAUAAUAAGAACAAUGUGAUCGAGUCCCUUGGUGAAUCCUGGGAUGCAGAUCAGAAUACUGGAAAUGGUGGCGGUGGCGGCAAUCCCUCAAUGUCACGUUUGAUAUCUACAAAUAGUGUGUUAAAGAAAACAUUGGCAUCAUGGCCUUCACGGCUUGCAUCGUUUAAUUAUGGGAAUAUGAUGCACCCUCAACUUGAACUAGAAGAAUCAAAAGUAUAUGAAAGCGCCAGCUCCUUAUCCUUAGCAACAUUUACAUCUCUUCUAAUUGAGUUUGUGGCAAGGCUUCAAAAUUUAGUGGAUGAAUUUGUAGAGCUUAGCGAGAAAGCAAACUUUAAGGAUCCUAUGGACUCAUCGGAUACCAAAGAGGUAGACGGGUUCCGGUCCAAGCAUGAAGAGUUAGCUUGA